GUGGGGGGUGGGGUGGAAGGGGCGCAGGAGGCAGCAGUGGCGUGGGGGAUGGCGCAGAUGGCAGCAGCUGAGGAGCCGACAGGGCUUGGCGGGCUUGGAAGUGGUUUGGGGUCGGGGGCUGGGGUGAGUGCAGAAGGGGUGGCGAGGCGAGUGGGUGUGUGCGUGGAGGAGGUAUCGAGCAUCAUCGGGCGCAUGUCGGCCGACGUGGUGUCGUGGGCGCCCUCCACGCCCUCGCCCACGCAUGAGCGGAGCAGUGAGGAAGAGAGAGAGGGGGGAGUUGGGAGGGAGGGGAGGGAUUGGAAGGGGGGUGAGAAAGAGGGGAGGAAUGAGAAGGGGAGCGGGGGAGGCACACAGGUUGCAGGAGGGGCAAUGAAGCCGGGGAAGGGCGAAGGGUGGAAGGCGAGUGUGGGUGGGGCAUUAGAAGCAGGGGGAGGAAGAGGGGGGAGAGCAGUGAGUGCGAGGGGGACACAUGGAAUGCUCUCUGGCAGUGGUGCCAGUGGUGCCAGGGGUGCUGCUGCUGCUGCCAGUGGUGCUGGUGCUGCCAGGGGUGCAGUGGCUGCGGUUGGGGGUAGUUCUGCUGGUAGUGGUGGUGCUGCUAGUGGCGGUAAUGCUGUGGCUGCUGCUGCUGGCGGGCAGGGCGAGGAUGCCAUUGUGGCGGAACGGGUGGGCAUGGGGGGGCGGGCCGGGAAUGUGAGGGAGGGAGGGAGUGUGGGAGGGAGCAGUUCAGGUUAUGCUGCGAGUGCGAGUGGCAGUGCGGACAGCACACGGCAGCAGUCACUCGUGCCAUCAGCAGAGUGGUCCCUGGAUCCUUCAGCUGGACUUGCGACAAAGAGCACAGUCAGCAGUGAAAGUGGUGGUCGAUCAGGAAUAUGCCUGUAUGGCUCAGUGGGUAUGCAGCAUUAUGCUCAUGCUGCCACUGCUCUUCAUGGCUCAGCCAUUCCCAAUGCUUCUCGUGCGAUGCGUGCGCAUGCAAUGCAUGCCCAUGCUGCACGCAAUGAUGCUCUGAAUGUUCACACCACACGUGCUGCCAUACCUUCCUCCUUGGCAGCUACUCAAGCAGCAGAAGCGCAUGCAGCACACGCAGCACAUGCAGCACAUGCAGCACGUGCCCAUACCACAAGUUCAGCCAUCAGCCCCGUGCUGGCAGCCCAGCAACCACACCCUCCCAGGAACCCCCCACACACCAGCACCGCCCCUCAGGGCAGCAUGAGAGGCUCGGGCGGCGUGCCUCCCCUCCAGCCUCCUCUGCGGGCGGUGAGAGGAGGCAAGCGAGGGGUGGGGGAUGGAGAGGGGGGCAGGGUGGGCCGGCAUGUGGAGGCCACGCACCCUUCCCUCAUGUUCCUGGCGCGCCGUGCCGCCACGGCUGCCCAUGCCCCUUGAGACCCUCUUGCUCGCAUGAAGGUUCACAUCCUCUAGCACGGCAUUGAAGUGCGCAUAUUGGACUAUCUUGACCUCGUUGUCAGACCAAAAUGUCAUGUCUUUCCUGAUUACAGCUGAAUUUUCUAGCCUUGCGUAACUUACAUGACCCUAGAUUUUGAGCUGUCUACAAGAAAACCACCUUAUCUCC